UGCAGCGUCCGGCCGGGCUGCGCGAUGGUGGCGCCUCGCUCCCGGGCGGCUCAGGUGUGUUGCGGCGCCUGCCCCUCGGAUGCCUCCGCCCGCCCUGAGCCGCGGCUCCGUCUCCUCGCGAGGAGGAUGACCUGACCGAGGAUGUGAUUCGCUCGCCUUCCUCUCGCUCGCUCGCUCGCGCUCUCCCUCCUUCACCUCCCCCGGCCCCCCGCCCCACCCCCACCUACCUGUCCCCCACCUGUGCCUGGCCAGGGGGCCAUCCCGUCUUGCAGAAUUGGCGACUGGGCGCGGACCAUGGCAUUGGGCUCCCCCCGGCUGCCGGCCCUCUUCCUGCGCACCCCUCGCUCGCCUCCCAGGGUAGCAGCAGCAGCAGCAGCAGCAGCAGCGUCGGUGCCCGCCGUGGAAGAAGAUGGGACUCAAAUCGAGGAAGACGGUGGCAUCUCCCGGGGCUGGUGGUGACGGCGGAGGGGGCAGCCGGGCUGGGCACCUGUUGGAGAAGGCGGGCGCCGGGGAUUUGGAGCAGGGGUCCCUGGCGCUGGGGGCCGGGCUGGACAAAGAUGGGGCGCUGCUUUUGGAAGGGGCGGGCAAGGAGGAGGGCGCCCGGAGGAACAUGCAGGGCAUCGGGCUGCUGGCCAAGACCCCCCUGAGCCGGCCCAUCAAGAGGAACAACGUCAAGUACCGCAGGGUCCAAACUUUGAUCUACGAUGCCCUGGAGAGGCCGCGGGGCUGGGCGCUGCUCUAUCACGCUUUCGUGUUUCUGAUUGUCCUGGGAUGCUUGAUUUUAGCCGUGCUGACAACUUUCAAGGACUAUGAAACUGUAUCUGGAAACUGGUUGUUGCUCUUGGAAACCUUUGCCAUUUUCGUCUUUGGCGCCGAAUUUGCCUUGAGGAUCUGGGCUGCCGGCUGCUGCUGUCGGUACAAAGGAUGGAGAGGGAGGCUGAAGUUUGCCAGGAAACCUUUGUGUAUGUUGGACAUCUUUGUGUUGAUCGCCUCCGUGCCGGUGGUGGCCGUCGGAAACCAAGGCAAUGUCCUGGCCACAUCUCUCAGGAGUCUCCGUUUCCUUCAGAUCCUCCGGAUGCUUCGCAUGGACAGGAGAGGCGGCACUUGGAAGCUGCUGGGCUCGGCCAUCUGUGCGCACAGCAAAGAACUCAUCACAGCCUGGUACAUUGGAUUCCUGACUCUUAUCCUGUCCUCGUUCCUGGUGUACCUGGUGGAGAAAGACGUGCUAGAGAAGAAUGCAGAGGGGAAGGAAACAAAGGAGUUUGAAACCUACGCCGAUGCUUUGUGGUGGGGGCUGAUUACUCUCGCAACCAUCGGCUAUGGCGAUAAGACCCCCAAAACAUGGGAAGGACGCCUGAUCGCAGCAACCUUCUCCCUCAUUGGAGUUUCAUUUUUCGCUCUUCCAGCCGGCAUUUUGGGUUCAGGCCUGGCUUUGAAAGUGCAGGAGCAACAUCGCCAGAAGCACUUUGAGAAGAGAAGGAAGCCAGCAGCAGAACUCAUUCAGGCUGCCUGGAGGUACUACGCUACGAAUCCUAACAGGCUGGACCUCGUUGCCACUUGGAAAUUUUAUGAAUCAAUCAUAUCGUUCCCAUAUUUCAGGAAAGAGCAGGUGGACGGUUCCAGUAAUGUCAUGUUUAGUAGGGAAGCGUUCUUUGGAUCGAGCGUCACCCGAAAACUUAGCCAAAAGCUGGGUCUCUUGGAUCGGGUUCGUGGUACCAAUACUAAAGGAAAGCUAUUUACCCCUCUGAAUGUAGAUGCAAUUGAAGAAAGCCCUUCUAAAGAACCUAAGAAUGUUGCCUUGAAUAAUAGGGAGCGUUUUCGUACUGCGUUCCGAAUGAAAGCGUACGCAUUCUGGCAAACCUCUGAAGAUGCUGGAACUGGGGAUCCUUUGGCAGAAGACAGAGGGUAUAGCAAUGAGCUCCUUGAAGAUCUGAUCCCCACACUGAAGGUGGUCAUCCGAGCUGUCAGAAUACUUCAGUUUCGCUUCUUUAAGAAGAGAUUCAAAGAGACCUUGAGGCCUUAUGAUGUAAAGGAUGUGAUAGAGCAAUACUCAGCCGGACAUCUCGAUAUGCUUUCCAGAAUCAAAUACCUUCAAGCCAGAAUAGAUAUGAUUUUUGCUCCUGGACCGCCGUCUACUCCCAAACACAAGAAAUCUCAAAAGGGAGGGACGUUUUCUUACCCUUCUCAGCAACAGUCUCCAAGGAAUGAGCCGUACAUAGCCAAAGCAUCCACAGUAGACCCCGAAGACCAAAGUAUGAUGGGAAAAUUCGUCAGAGUCGAAAGACAGGUUCACGACAUGGGGAAGAAACUGGAUUUCUUAGUCGAUAUGCAUAUGCAACAUGUAGAACAGCUGCAGGUCCAGAUCACGGAUGUGUGCCCGUCUAAAAAUCUCGCAUCCCUAGCGGAGGAUAACAGAUUUUCGGAAUUGAAAUCCAUCAUUUACAAAUACUCUGAGCCUUCCAUUCAUGAAUUGCCUCCAAGCUUCCACCAAGUUCCAGUGAACAAAGUUCCUCCUUUUGACUUCUCUGCACAUGACCAUGGUAGUGGUCCACUUGCAUUGCCCUUGUCUAGUCAAAACUCUGGUAGGUUGCCGGCCACGCCAUUCUCUACUUCGUACCCUGAGAGGCCGACAGUUUUGCCUAUACUUACCUUCAUUGACCCUCACGUUUCCUACCAGUCACCUCAAGGGGGCCCUCAGAGUUCCCACACAGAGAGAAUCUCCUCAAGGCAAAAACACAGCCUGACAAGAGACAGUGAUACCCCGUUGUCCCUUCUCUCUGUCAACCACGAGGAACUUGAACGUUCACCAAGUGGAUUCAGCAUCUCCCAAGACAAAGAAGAUUUCCCUUUCGGGCCAAACGGGGGGUCGAGUUGGAUGAAAGAGAAAAGAUAUUUAGCAGAGGGUGAAACGGACACCGAUACUGACCCAUUCACACCCAGCGGCUCUAUGCCUCCAUCUUCAACGGGGGAUGGGAUUUCCGACUCAGUAUGGACCCCUUCAAACAAGCCAGUUUAAAAUUCUCCCGGUGGGGUGGGGCGGGGCAGGGUGGGGAGUCACUGGCUGGCUUCUUCUCAUAAUGUAAACAUAAACUUUGUAUAUCUCACUAUACGCCCAAAGCUUCCUAGCUCAAAAAAAACAAAAAACAAAAAAACACACCGAGGCUGCACUGCAUGCUGGUAUUAGUGGUAGUCAUUCCACACCAUUUCAUAAGGCUGAUUCAAUGCGGAUUCGUUCAUGCCGCCAAAACUAAGCCGCUUAGUUUUGAGCACGGGUUUUUGCAUGACUUUACACUAUUAAACGGUACCGAUAAUUUC